CUUCAGAUUUGUCAUUCGACUGUCAAUGAAAAUACCAUGUGGUGCUCGCGUUUUUUUAAACUUGUAAUUGCUAAAUUACUUUGUCAAUUACCUGUAACGCUAUAAAGCGCUUUUCAAUGUUUGAAUAAUUAACAUGGAUUACGUAGUUGGAAGCGUUGCAGCUUUAGUAUCUGGUAAUGUGACGCCAAGUAGGCCAAAAUUAUUAAAAAGAGCAUUAACUCCUACCAAACACCAGCCAUCACCUAACGUCACCCCAAGGAGUGAAUACCUUGAUGAUCGUUCCAUAUUCUUGUCUCCAACUUUACAGAAAAAGAAAGCGAUAGUAAAGAAAUCGCCAAAACGAAUAUUUCAGAAUCCUGACUUGGAUACGACAGUUGAAGAAGGCGACAGCACUUUAGGUAACUUAGUUGUAGAUAAAGCAAAGAAACAUUUAAAAGAACAGCUAGAAACUAAUGGUCAACAGAUAAUGAAAAUGAAGAGUCCCAAAUCUCCUAAAAAAUCACCAGAUGCUAACGCAUACUCAGAAAAUAUACAAAAUAGUAAUGUACCAUUAAAAAAGAAGAAAAGACGACAGUCCGAAGCUCUAGAAAGUAGUACGGAAACUAUUGUAACAAGUAAAGGUAAAGCAUCAAAAGAUGUUCCAAUGAACAUAUCUCCGAAGAAGGCAACAUCUAAUAACGAAGAGGGUACUAAUAAAUCACAAGUUAUUGAAACUGAUUCCAAAGAAAAUGUUACAGAAAUCAUAAAAACUAAAAAUAAUAAAAAACACAAAAAUAAAAAAAAUAAGGCAAAGGCAGAAAUAGGAAGUGAGAAUACAGAACAUGUUGAUACAGAAAUACAUAUAGAAAAAAUGAAAUCAGAAAUAAAUGUGCUUGAUGCCAAUGAUGAAAUGAUAGUUAAUCCAAAUGCAAUUACUGCCCAAGAUACAGAUUCUGAGCAUGAAUCAGAUCAUGAGAUACAAUCAGAGGAUGAACAUAAAGAAUCACUUGACACAGGACCAGCUGACAGUUCUGAUGAAGAUGAAAAAGAGACAGAAAAAAAGGGGAGAAAUAAGAAGGCAAAAGAAACUAAGACAGUCAAAGCAAACAUGCCUCAAGAAGAGAGUGAAGAUGAAGUAAAGAGAACCCUGUUUAUUGGGAAUGUGCUUUUCAAGCCUAAAACUAAAAAGGAUAUAAAAAAAUUAUUUAGUCAGUAUGGAGAUAUUGACACAGUAAGAAUUCGUGCUGUGCCAGUAAAGGAUGCAACUAUGACUCCAAAACUUGCAAUUAUCAAGAAUGAAUUGCACCCUGAAAGGACAACUGUAAAUGUCUAUGUCAAAUAUCAGAAGCCCGAGUCUGUUGAAAAGGCUUUAUCUGCGAACAACACAGUACUAGAUGGUCACCACCUACGAGUGACCCGAAGUGAUAUAACUGGUACAUUGGAUACCAAGUGUUCUAUAUUCAUUGGUAACUUGCCUUUCGCUAUAGAAGAUGAAACGUUAAGAGCCAAGUUUGAGAAGUGUGGAGAAAUAGAAUCGGUUCGGAUUGUGAGGGAUGAGAAGACUGGUGCUGGAAAAGGAUUUGGCUAUGUCAAUUUUAAAUCCAAGGAUGCAGUAGAAUUAGCGUUAGCACUCACCGAAGAAGAUCUUACUAUAAAAAAUAGAAUUCUCAGAGUAAACAGGUGCCUCCAAAUACAUAGCAAGAAAAGUGGAAACAAAAAUAACAGGGAAAACAAAAAUGGUGGAAACCGAAACGGUGGAAAUAACAGAAAUGCUGGAUAUAACCGAAAUGAUGGCAACUACAGAAAUGGUGGAAAUAACAGGAUUGCUGGUAAUAAUAGAAGCAGUGGGUUUGAUAGAAAUGGUGGUAACAGAAAUUUCGGGAAUAGAAAUUUUGAUAAUGGAAACCGAGGGUUUAACAGAAACACACCGGGCAAGUUUGACGGAAAUAAUGGCCCCAAACAAGAUGGUGCGUUUAGAAGAUUAGCAAAUAAAAGAAAGAAUCAGGAUGAAAGUGAAGGACCAGCUAAUAAGCUUGGUAAGAAAGACAGGAAGGAAUUUGUUGGAAGAACUGCAGAAAAGAAGAAGAAAGGAAAAUUCAACAAAGGUCAAAAGAAGAAGAAAGCCCUUAGUGAGAUUUUAACUAAGUAAUUAAAUGAGCUGUAACUUGUCGUCACUUCAAUAAAUUUUUAUUAUGUAA